UUUCACUUAAAAAAACACCGUAAUUUGUUAAGACAGUCAUGAUAUUAAGUUUAAUAAUUUGUUUUUGUAAUUGUUAAUGUAAAUAUUUGAACAUUUAUCAAAUUGCUAAUUGUAUGAUAUUUUAUUUUACUUAAUUAACUGAUUAAUAAAUGUAUGAAUACAAUUUCUUGUACCAUUAUUAUUAAUUUGUUUAUUUUCUAACUUUGUUUAUUUGUAAUGUGAUUGUUUAACAUAGACUUAACAAAGACCUCAAUGUUUUAAUUAAAAGAGUCCUUUGAGGCUAAGAUGACUGCCUGUUCCAUUUGCUGACCUUGGGUUACCUUUCCAUGCGUGGCUCUUUGACCUUUGUGGCCCUUGGCUGACCAAAAAAGGAAGCCAUGUGACGACCGCAACCUUUUCCCAUUAGACCUGGGUGGUGAGGAUCCCAAGGGUUAGAGACAGAUGAGAUUAAACUGAAAUAGGUGCCUGAAAAUCUAUAUUCAUGUCAGAUAUUCAGAAAACCUUUAAUCAAUGUGGAUAUGGUUAUAGAAGAAGCGGAAGAGAUAAGUAUGGUCCACCCACCCGUACAGAGUACAGAUUGAUCGUGGAAAAUCUGUCAAGCCGUUGCAGUUGGCAAGAUUUGAAGGAUUAUAUGCGUCAGGCAGGCGAAGUGACAUAUGCAGACGCACACAAAGGGAGAAAAAAUGAAGGUGUGAUUGAGUUCAAAUCCUAUUCAGAUAUGAAAAGAGCCCUUGAAAAGCUGGAUGGGACAGAAGUGAAUGGCAGAAAGAUUAGGUUAGUGGAAGACAGGCCUGGAUCCAGACGGCGCCGCUCCUAUUCCAGAAGUCGAAGCCAUUCGAGGUCUCGGUCUCGAAGCAGACACUCUCGUAAGAGCAGGAGCCGUAGUGGCAGUAGCAAAAGCAGCCAUUCCAAGAGUAGAUCAAGAUCCAGGUCUGGGUCCCGUUCCAGAAGCAAGAGCCGUAGCCGAAGCAAGAGCCAUAGCAGAGGCCAGAAGGACAAAAGCCGGAGUCCAAGCAAAGACGAUAAAAGUAGGAGCCGCAGCAGGAGUGCGGAGAAAACCCAGAGCAAAAGUAAAGACAAAGCGGAGGAUGCCGUCCAGAACAACGACGCCGCAAAAGCAAAGAGCAGGAGCCCCAGCAAGGAAAAGAGUAAGAGUAAAAGUAGGAGCAGGAGUGGGAGCAAGGAGAGAGUGGAGGAAGAGAAGGAGAGCAUGAGAAGGAGUAGGAGUAAGGAGAGGGAGAAGAGCAAGGCUAGGAGCAGGAGCAAGAGCAGAGAGGGGAGCAGGAGCAGAAGCAGGAGUCGUAGUAAGAGUAAGGACAAAAGGAAAGGCAGGAAGAGGAGUAGGGAUGACAGCAGAAGCAGAAGUAGGAGCAGGAGCCACAGCAAGAGUGAGAAAAGCAAAAGGCGCAGCAAGCGAGACAGCAGGUCUAGCAACAAGAAGAAAAAGAAGGAAGACCAAGAGCGGUCCCGGUCCAAGUCUAGGUCUAGAUCCAGGUCCAGAUCGGAGUCCAAGGAAAAGGAGCAGCUAAAACCAGAAUCUGACAAAAAGGAGGUAAAAAAUGAGGGUGAGGAAAUGGACAAAAGUCACGAAACUCGGUCCAGAUCUAGGUCAAAUUCUAAAUCCAAACCAAAUGUCAAAUCAGAAUCUCGGUCCCGAUCAAAGUCAAUUCCAAAAACUAGGUCCCGGUCCAAGUCUAGAUCUAGGUCUGCCUCUAAAUCCCCAUCCCGAUCUAGAUCAAGAUCUCGUUCGAGGUCCUAAACUUGCUGCAACCACACUUGAAACUAUAUGAAAAGUCUUUUGUACAUGUUUGGUAGUUGUAGCACAAGUGAUUGAAGUAGAACACAUGUCAAUGCUGUACAUUUUUAACUACCGUAAUGGUGUGUCUGUAAUUGUUCAGUACAGGGCUCCCUUUCUGCAGUGCUUUCUGGAUCAAGGCUCUGCAGCUCAUUUGCUGACUUGUAGAAAGAUCCCCUUUAUAACACAAUUCUCACUAGAACACCAAAAUCACCUUGUUUUCCAAGAACAGCCUUACAGAGAGGAAGCGCUGUACUUUGAUGGGUUUAUAAGGUUGGAAUGAUGACUGAUAGGUAGGUAUGGUGACUUCAACUAUUUUUGCUCUUGAACUGAUGCCCUUUGAUGUAUGCCAUUUAGUGGAAGUGCUAAGUCUUAAGUUUCAUACUACUUUUGGUUUCAUAUUUUUGGAUUUACAGAGUUGUGAAUAGCACAGUCAAGGAAAUAGAUACCUGCAGUAACCCAUAGGGGAAUAAAAAGUAGAGUUCCAUAUUCUGGUAUUGUGACAAUAUCCUUGUUUUAUAUUAAAUUUUUUUAUUUUAUUUUUCCCCGUCUUGCAAAGUACAGUGAUCCCUGUUUCCAUGAAAUUUGAAUAAAGACUAUUUUUGCUUGA